AUGCAAGGAAUUGGAGAAUAUGGUGAGGUAGAAGGUGUUGGUGAGGAUCGUGAGGGAGAAGGUGGAGGUGAGGAUCGUGAGGAAGAAGGUAGAGGUGAGGGAGAAGAUAGAGGUGAGGAUCGUGAGGGAGAAGGUAGAGGUGAGGAUCGUGAGGAAGAAGGUAGAGGUGAGGAAGAAGAUAGAGGUGAGGAUCGUGAGGGAGAAGGUAGAGGUGAGGAUCGUGAGGAAGAAGGCAGAGGUGAGGAAGAAGGUAGAGGUGAGGAUCGUGAGGAAGAAGGUAGAGGUGAGGGAGAAGAUAGAGGUGAGGAUCGUGAGGGAGAAGGUAGAGGUGAGGAUCGUGAGGAAGAAGAUAGAGGUGAGGAUCGUGAGGGAGAAGGUAGAGGUGAGGAUCGUGAGGAAGAAGGUAGAGGUGAGGAUCGUGAGGGAGAAGGUAGAGGUGAGGAUCGUGAGGGAGAAGGUAGAGGUGAGGAUCGUGAGGGAGAAGAUAGAGGUGAGGAUCGUGAGGGAGAAGGUAGAGGUGAGGAAGAAGAUAGAGGUGAGGAUCGUGAGGGAGAAGGUAGAGGUGAGGAAGAAGAUAGAGGUGAGGAUCGUGAGGGAGAAGGUAGAGGUGAGGAUCGUGAGGAAGAAGGUAGAGGUGAGGAUCGUGAGGGAGAAGGUAGAGGUGAGGAUCGUGAGGGAGAAGGUAGAGGUGAGGAUCGUGAGGAAGAAGGUAGAGGUGAGGAAGAAGAUAGAGGUGAGGAUCGUGAGGGAGAAGAUAGAGGUGAGGAUCGUGAGGGAGAAGGUAGAGGUGAGGAUCGUGAGGAAGAAGGUAGAGGUGAGGAAGAAGGCAGAGGUGAGGAUCGUGAGGGAGAAGGUAGAGGUGAGGAUCGUGAGGGAGAAGGUAGAGGUGAGGAAGAAGGCAGAGGUGAGGAUCGUGAGGGAGAAGAUAGAGGUGAGGAUCGUGAGGGAGAAGGUAGAGGUGAGGAUCGUGAGGGAGAAGGUAGAGGUGAGGAUCGUGAGGAAGAAGGUAGAGGUGAGGAAGAAGGCAGAGGUGAGGAUCGUGAGGGAGAAGGUAGAGGUGAGGAUCGUGAGGAAGAAGGUAGAGGUGAGGAUCGUGAGGGAGAAGGUAGAGGUGAGGAUCGUGAGGAAGAAGGUAGAGGUGAGGAUCGUGAGGGAGAAGGUGGAGGUGAGGAUCGUGAGGAAGAAGGUAGAGGUGAGGAAGAAGGUAGAGGUGAGGAUCGUGAGGGAGAAGGUAGAGGUGAGGAUCGUGAGGAAGAAGGUAGAGGUGAGGAAGAAGGCAGAGGUGAGGAUCGUGAGGAAGAAGGCAGAGGUGAGGAUCGUGAGGGAGAAGAUAGAGGUGAGGAUCGUGAGGGAGAAGGUAGAGGUGAGGAUCGUGAGGGAGAAGGUAGAGGUGAGGAAGAAGGUAGAGGUGAGGAUCGUGAGGGAGAAGGUAGAGGUGAGGAUCGUGAGGGAGAAGGUAGAGGUGAGGAAGAAGGUAGAGGUGAGGAUCGUGAGGGAGAAGGUAGAGGUGAGGAUCGUGAGGAAGAAGGUAGAGGUGAGGAUCGUGAGGGAGAAGGUAGAGGUGAGGAUCGUGAGGGAGAAGGUAGAGGUGAGGAUCGUGAGGAAGAAGGUAGAGGUGAGGAAGAAGAUAGAGGUGAGGAUCGUGAGGGAGAAGAUAGAGGUGAGGAUCGUGAGGGAGAAGGUAGAGGUGAGGAUCGUGAGGAAGAAGGUAGAGGUGAGGAAGAAGGCAGAGGUGAGGAUCGUGAGGAAGAGUCCUUCUCUCAUCAAGAGACGAGAGAGUAA